CCCAAUCCCCUUUAACAGCUAAGCCUCUGCUCAUAACCCUCCCCCUCUUUUCUUUCUUCUUUCCUUCCUUGUAUCGCCAGUUCAUAGCCCACCAAUUCUCUCUGAUCUCUCAUUGGGAUUUUCACAAAACACAACUCUUUAACUCCUAUACAUACAUCACCUGCUGACACUGACAGCUUUCCAUUUCAUUAUAUCUUCCUUUCUUUUACCCCCACCACCCCCAAAAAACCCAACUUUAUAUAACUGUCUGACACCAUUCUUGUUCUACUACUACUAUGAAACUUAUACAAGAAACCCACCAAUCAUUUGGCUUUCUUUUUGCUUGGGUCUAGUUUUUUUGUCCUUCUAUUUUGGAUCUGGGGUAAAUCUUGAUUUUUUUAUUAAAUCAAUGGAGGGUACUACUACUGCUGCUGAUGGUACUGUAAAAAUGGGAGCUUUACCCAUGAAUAAGCCUGAUCGAGUUUUCAAUAAUUUGGAGCCUGAAUUCACUGUUUCUUCACCUGUUACACGUCAGAAAGCUGCUGCUGCUAAGCAAUUCAUUGAAAAUCAUUACAAGAAUUAUCUUCAAGGCUUGCAAGAUCGUAAAGAAAGGCGAUGGACACUGCAGAGGAGGGCACAAGAAGCGCAGAUACCGAGUGAGGAGCAAGAGAAGAUGUUAAGGAAUUUGGAGAAGAGGGAGACUGAGUUUAUGAGAUUGCAAAGGCAUAAAGUUGGGAUUGAUGAUUUUGAACAGUUGACUGUCAUUGGUAGAGGUGCCUUUGGUGAGGUUAGGUUGUGUAGAUUCAAAAGUACUGGAGAAAUCUUUGCCAUGAAGAAAUUGAAGAAAUCAGACAUGCUUAGCCGUGGACAGGUUGAGCAUGUCAGAUCUGAGAGGAAUUUGCUUGUGGAAGUUGAUAGUCGGUGCAUAGUGAAGCUCUUUUAUUCUUUCCAAGACUCAGAUUUCUUGUACCUGAUAAUGGAAUAUUUACCUGGUGGUGACAUUAUGACCUUACUUAUGAGAGAAGAUGUUCUUUCUGAAGAUGUCGCACGGUUCUAUAUUGCUGAGAGUAUUUUGGCUAUUCAGUCUAUUCAUCAGCACAAUUAUGUACAUAGGGACAUAAAACCGGAUAACCUUAUACUGGAUAGAAAUGGCCAUUUAAAGCUUUCAGAUUUUGGCUUAUGUAAACCCCUGGAAAAUAAAUACUCAUCAAUAUUGUUGGAAGAUGAAGACCUUACUAAUGCGGAGUCCAUUAACGGGACUGAAGGGAAUUCUGGUGGUGAUAGAGCUUCAUGGCCAAUGCCAAAGGAACAAAUACAGCAGUGGAAGCGCAACCGCCGUGCCUUGGCAUAUUCUACCGUUGGAACUCUUGAUUACAUGGCACCAGAGGUUUUGUUGAAAAAAGGAUAUGGAAUUGAAUGUGAUUGGUGGUCAUUGGGAGCAAUCCUGUUUGAGAUGGUUGUUGGGUAUCCUCCCUUCUGUUCAGAGCAUCCAAGAAUGACGGCACGCAAGAUAAUCAGUUGGAGAACAUGCCUUAAAUUCCCAGAAGAACCAAAAGUAUCAGAUGAGGCUAAGGAUCUGAUCUGUCGUUUAUUGUGUGAUGUUGAAUCAAGAUUGGGGACCGGGGGAGUGGAAGAAAUAAAGGCUCAUCCCUGGUUCAAAGGAGUCAAUUGGGACAUACUUUAUGAAAUGGAGGCUGCCUAUAAACCUAUCGUUACCGGAGAGUUAGAUACUCAAAAUUUUGAGAAGUUUCCUGAGGUAGAAGAUCCUUCAUCAACAGCACCAAGAGUUGGACCUUGGAGGAAGAUGCUGACAUCAAAAGAUUCCAAUUUCAUUGGAUUUACUUUCAAGAAAUCGGAUAUCCUCAAAUCAGCUGAAGCUUCAGGUAUAGAUAUGAGUUCAAAUGGACAUUCAAAGCCUCCCUCAUUGGUGUCCUUAUUUGGUCGGAUAGAUUUGGAAGAUACAAUAGAAGAGGACCAAAAAGGAGAACAGAUUUUAUGAGUCCAAUUGCUUGUCCUCCUCCUCACUGACAAGAUCCGGCAAAUUUCCUUUGUACAAAAAGAGAAUAAACAAUAAGCUUUAAUUUUUUACAUAAUUUUGUGUUUUUUUAUUCUUCUCUAAUUUCGGCUUUACUAAUCUGAUUAUUAUGUAGUGGUAAAUGUUUAAUGUACAUACACUGUAACAGAUACAUUCCUUGAUUUCUAUCAGAUUAUAUUAAUGGGGAAUUAUCAGUUUGCUAAGACUACUUCAAUUA